GGUCGGAGUUUAUGUAGUAAUGGCGGCGUUAGCGAUGGACGAACCUGCGUCUGAAAAAGAUGCGAUUGCAGAGGGAUUGCUUGACCUUUUGAAGCCGUCUGUACAGCAGCUCGAUUUACAUGUACACUCAAUGAGAGAGAGCCAGGUGGAGUUGAGAGAGCACAUUGACAAUCUAGCCUCAGAACUUGGCCGAAUAAAUGAGCACCAGAAGGUUUCACUAGACCUUGACCCAUAUGUGAAGAAACUGCUUAACGCAAGACGCAGAGUUGUGCUAGUAAACAACAUACUGCAAAAUGCCCAGGAACGACUGAGGCGACUAAACCAUAAUGUAGCCAAGGAGACCGCACGACGAAAAACGAUGCUGGAGGCAUCGGGAGCAUUCAUCACACGUCCAUCCGGCAAACCAUGAACCGGUCCCUCGCUUUAAUACAUACAAGUCAUAUCUUAGCGCUGUUCAAUUUAAAAAUUGCAAUUUUGAAUCGCCAGAACCAUGUUACUCCGUGAUUGGCUGUCGGCAUAACUUUAUUGAAUUUCCCAUUAAGACACAGGCCGAAUCAUUUCUGGAAAUAAACACAACUAUGUGGACAGAGGGUGAAAGACAUGACAAAAAUUCCAGAAUCAAGUAGUUUGACUUAAGUUCUUAAGUUAACAUUACAGACUAUUGGUACAUAUGGAUAACCAAACAAGUAAGACUAUUAAGUUUUGUUAGAUUACGUUGUUUUAAUAUAAUAUAAUUUUUUUUACUUUGUUACACAAAACCUUUUAGUGAUCUACUGUGUUCACUGAUUUAUUUUCAGUACAUUGCAAAUUAUUUCCAUUUAAUUUGACAUUUAAAAUAAUCUCCAUGUGUGAUGCUUUCAAAAUGUUGUAUUGCAGUAGAUGGAAAUCACUAGUGUCUGUAGCGUUAGCAAAAUUAAUUUUUCAGUCCCUACCAAACUUAAUAGACUAUGCUUGUGAAUGUUUUAUUAACAUUUAUUUUCAAUAUCAAUUUCUAACUCCACAAAAAAUAAAUGACUUAAGUCGAGGCUGUAUAGGCCAUAUGUUAUACUUUAUCUCAUAUAUACUACUGCAAUUAUCUGACUUACACAUUGAAUCGUACUAGCCUACUGUAAGUCCUCAUUUAUCAAAUAUUGCAUAACUUUGAUUCAAUUUUUUUUGCCAGCAGGGCAAUGUUGUUGAGCAUGAGUGUUAUAAUGAGCAUUGUUGUACACACACUUCAGUUGUGUCGCUUAAUGACGUUGAAGCUACGCAGGCCGUGAAAACAAAGAAUGCAAUCUGAUUCAGAGCAGAAUGUUCUGAAACUGGUUGGCGGAGAAUGGCACAGA